GCUACAGAAAAAAGCCCCCCAAAAAAGAGAGUAAGUUGUGUCCACCCCGUCACGUCGCAUUGGCUUCUUGUGUGUGUGUGUGUGAAGUGACACUGCAGGCGCAGUGGUCAGCGUGUUUACAAACAAAGAAAAGCAUCUACAGAUAAUUUGAACGGGUACCACCGCUUUCUUCCUCGAAUACAUCUUUGUUAGCAACUCAUAACUUCUGGUGUGCAUACAUAUAUAUAUAUAUGUAUUCAUAUACGACACUUUUUCUUUCCGCUUCUUCUUUGUCUCUUGGCGAGUAUUUCAGUGCUUCUGUAUUUCUUUUGCGUUUUCUGCUUUGCCUUUGAGUGUAUGCGACCCCCAAUCUGUGUGGUGCUUCUGUGUUGUUAGUAUCAGUAUUUACGUGUGUGUGUGUGUGUCUACUCGAGAUCGACCUUUUUUCCCCUGCGCACACGUCGCGAUCGAAAUAGAAAAGAAAACGACCGCUACUGCUUUUGAGCUUCCUCUGAGUGCCGCAUCGCCUUCUUUUGAAUGUUUGCGUGAUACAUUGAGCUUCGCACCGCUGCACUUCGUUUUCAUAUUAUAUCUAUUUCAGGCGAGAGAGAGAGAGAGAGCCGGCAGGUCGUGAAGGUGCGGCAAAUCCUCCCUUUUUCAUGUGUUUUCUUUUCUUUUUUCGCGGCAAACCGAUUGUGCGAUUCCCUCUCGUUGUUGUUGUUUUUCUCCCUUUCUCUUCUCUCGUAUCAUAAGCCUAGUUUGUGGUGCCGUGUUCCGCUGCCAUUGCUUUGUCUUUUCCUUUUAAAGGAUUAUAUAUAUAUAUAUAUAUGAGUCCUGCGGCACGCUCCGGCAUUCUCUGAAGAAUUCGCCCGUCUUUCCUUCUGCUUCAUUCAAACUCCGUGUCCUUUUUUGUUUUUUUUCUUUGUCCUCCACACAUUACCCUGUUUCGUAUUAUUAUUAUUUCCUUCGUCCGCCGCCGUUUUGAUUCUUAAAUACCAGUAAAUAUAUAUAUAUCGCUGUAUAAACACGUACACGCUCGCACGCAACUGCUGCACUACGUGGCCACUCAGCCGCUUCUGGUGCGUUGAGUCGGCCUGAGCCGUCACCUCGCGACGCAUGGGAACAGGGGGGUUCGCAUCAGGCAGAGGUCAGUGGCGUGACACACCAAUCGAAAACGGUCGUCUCACCGCCUCUUUUUUUUUCCUUUUCUUCGUUGCUGCUUUUGGUUUGUUUGUUUGAAGGUGGUUUGUGUUGGCGCGUUUCCACCUGGGAAGCGUACACGCAUCGUUUGUUUGUCGUCCCCUCCUUCUUCGGUUUGUUGUUGGGUGCUGUGGUGUUUUUUUUUUUUGGCGGACGUCAGCAACGAGAUAAGGCGAUUUUCUUUUUUUGAUUUCCAUCGAGCUUGCAACUGCAGCUCUCUUCGUUGGGGUUUUUGUUUUUCUCUUUCUCUCCUCUGUUACUCUACCUGUGCGUGCGUGCGUACUUCCACUUCGUUGAACAGCCUUUUCCCCCACCACCACUUUCGUCAUCCCCCCUACGGUGAGAGCCUGAGUUCUUUUCCUCCUGGUUCUUUGUAUUGUUGUUGUUGUUGCGUGCUCGUACAGAUUAGUGUGUUGUACUCCCCCUUUCUUCUGACUGCGUCACUGUGCGUGAAAAGCACGGUGAGCUCAUCAGAAGAGUACCAUUUUCUUUCCGCAUACACACACACACACACACACGCCGCUACACGGCCCAUUAAAAAUUAAAAGGAAACCAGUGCCAGAAGAGAUGGGGUGCAAAACAUCGGCCAUUCGCACAGACAGCACCUGUGGUUCGUGCGUGCCGGCAGACCACAGAGAAUCGCCGGCGCCCUCGCCUUCAAAGGCACAGGCUGCACACAACAGCAGCCCCGCCUCCGCCGGUCCUGUCUCAGAAACAUCUCAGCAGGACCGUAGUGAGCAGCCAGGCCCUGCCGCGCCAGAUAUGCGUAAAUCCUCGCGCAGCUCCAUGCCCGCCUCACCACGUCACUCCAGCGCCGACGUGCUGAACGACAACUCACUACACCGGCAGCAGCAGCAGGUGAGCUACUCGCAGGACGACGACCCCUUCGCACCGCCGCCGCCGCUUCCACCAGAGCUGGCGACCAAGAGUGACAGCUUGCUCACGACACACGCAGGCACGAGCAGCAGCGACCGUGACGACAGCGGCGAUGAGCAUGAUGGCGGCGGCGAGGGAGUGCGGCACCUCGAGAACCACUUCGACCCGGUUCCGAUGUCGGCCACGGUGCCCGUCGACAACCAACGGCCGGACAGUAGAGACAAGACGCCGCCUCGGCUGCCGUCCGCGGAUUUGCGCACCAUCAGCAAAGGCGGCUCCGGCACCUUCCGCACCUCCAUCAGCGAACACGACAAGACUGACGCGGUGCAGGCGGCCAAGGAGUAUCAGCAGCGCAUGGAGGCGAAGCGGAACGCCGAGGAGGUGCACACGAAGCGCCGACGGCUGGAGGAGUUCGACCCGGUCCGCCCCGUCGACAGCUUUAACGUCACGCACCGUGGGUUACUGGGCCGGUGUUGGGACCGCCGUGCGCCGGAGCUGAUUCCGGUGUCCUUUGUGCACACCAUCGCGAAGAUGAUUGUGCAGGAGGAUAGCCACCCUGUCAGCACCCCCACCAUCAGUCAUGCCUCCGGUGGAGACGAAUACCCGCCUGGCUCGCCUCUUCAGCGUCUUUCCCGACUGAGCCGACAGAGCGGGCCGCGCGGGGGCACUGUUGGAAAUGGCGCAGCUGCCGCUACGGCCGUGCCGCCGGCGAGGUGGACGGGCGUUGGCGGCCGGCGUGUGCCGCGGCGCUCGCACUGGUUCAGCGUCGGCGGUGUCAGCACCGACGGCCUCGCGCCGGCCCGGCUCUCGUCCCCGGCCACGGUGGAGCCGUUCUACGUCAAAAGCACCCCGUCGACGCCGACCGUGUCGCGGCCGUCCGCCUCUGGCAGCGGUCCUGGAGCCUUCCCUGCGACGUUGAUGGUGGGCGGCGGGGCGGCGAUGCAGGACUUCCCAUCGCACGUCCUCCUCAACUCGGCCGCCGCGGAGGCCGCGAAGGCGAGUCCGAAGCGGACGGCAGCCGCGUCCUCUGCUGAGAUCGAAUCAUCGGCGGAAGACACGCUACACAGCGCAACCACCAAGACGCUGACAACGAAGCAGGUCAUGGCCCUCCCGUGGGAGACGCGUGAGAAGUACUACAACCUCACCAUCACGCGCAACCCCCGCUACAUGGGCAUCAAAGACUCCUACGCCUUUAAGCUCGGCAGUGGCGUGAGCAACGACCGAAGUGUGAAGUUUCUGCGCAAGCGCAACCUGGAGCCCGCGACGGGCGUGACGGCGAUGCGAUGGAACCGGGUGGAGUUCUUCCAUCCCUCGCUGCACACCUUCGUCCGCGCCGUAGCCAAGACGCAGGGCACGUCGUUGGAGCUGAGCCAGCUUGAGCAGGCGAGCAUCAACGCCGCCGACGGCGCGGCGUUCACAGACAAUGACGCGAACUUGAACGAGUUGGGCCUCUGCGGGAACGGCUCCGUGAACAGCCGGGCGCCGACCGGGGAGCGGGGCCUUGCCAGCACGGACAACGGGGACGUCGGCUCGCCUGACCUGCUGCGCCGCUCCUUUAGUCAGUUUUUGAUGGGGCACGUUGAGAACUGCAGCUUCACGCGCGUCGGCGGCGAUGGCGUCUGGGGCGGUGGCGACCGCCGAAGUCGAAACGGCUCCUUCCUGAGCAACACGAACGUCAUCUCGCCGCAGAUGUGCACCGAUAAAAGCACUGUCUCGACCAGUGUCAACGACAAGCCACUCGAGCGCCUCGGUUUAUGGGGCGGUGGCGUCUUCUUCAUGGACGCGCACCGCAACCGCGCGAAGGAAGCCGAAACCAGGUCGCCGGCGGUGACCCCGCCGUUCCCCGAGGACAGCGUCCUGGCGCUCGCCUUGAGUAUGCCGUACUCCCGUCUCGGCCAGCUGGCCGGCGUCCCCGCGGCAGUCCGCAGCGCCGCCCUCAGCAACGCCAGACGGCUGAGCGGGCAUCUCCUGCACUCCCUCACGGUGGGGCUCGGCUCGCGCAAGACCUCCCGCGACACGAUUAACAGCACAGGCGGCAACGCGUCGGCGCCUCCGCGCAGCAGCGGCGGAUUCGCGGCCGUGCGUCCUGCCGCGCAGAGCGUGCUGGUGGCACUCAGCGUGAGCAGCUUCACGGUUUCCAUCGAUCCUUUCGAGUGGCAGGAGCGGCGCUACAUGCGCUACCCGGUCGACAUCGACGGCUCCAAGCGCUCCUCGCGCAGCAGCUACGGCGAAGGCGUCAUCACGGAUGUGAUGUACGGCGGUCUCAUGGUGGUGGAGUGCUCCUCCAUGGAGGCGGUGCGGGAGCUGCAGGUGCUGCUGGGCAGCAUGACCUGGACCGAGGAGCGCUCCCUGCGGGGGAUCGUUAAGGACGUACGGAAGCACCUGAAGACGGUGCACAACAACCUGCACAAGUCCCGGCUCGCGGCGGCGCGUCGAUUGACGGAGACGUCGUCGAACCUCGCCGGGGGAAGGUCGGGAACGGAGGAGGCGGCGGCAGCGACGGACUGGAACGUGCACCGCUAUCGCAUUAUACGUCGCAUUGGUGGGCGGCCCAUGCGGGACGCAGUGGAGCUGGAAGAAAUCAGCGUCUUCUUCGACGAGGACGAGGAGGUGCGGGAGGAGCGGACGACGCUGCACCAGCCGGAUCAAAACAAAAAGGUGCCGCUGACCCAGCAAAACCCGUCUUCAUCACGGACGACCGCCGGAGCAGCAACGGCUGGAGUCAACAGAGGCAAGAACGUAUCGUUGCCGUCGCUUGGAUUAGACAGCCUGCCGGCUGAGUCGGGGCCGAGCAAUGCGCACAGCAGCCCCAACGGCCCUGAUCCGGACAUCACCUCUUCCUUUUCCCGCGUCGCCUCCGCCUGGUACUGCCUUCCCGUGAUCUCGGCGGUGCUGCGGACGUGGGGUCUGCACCUCCUCGCCUGCCCCGAGUACGCGCAGCCGACGGCGAUGUUUCUGCAGAAGCACGCCGGUCUCGCCCCGGUGCUGCAGCUCACCGCACUGGCCGGCUUCUACCACGAGGACAGCACGCCAAGCGAUGAGGACGACGUCGUCAAGGACGCCGACUACCUCUUCUUCGAGUGCGACGGGCCGGCCUGCGAUGAGCCGCGCCGCCUCCACGGGGCAGCGGUGAACCACCCACAGCCCACCCCCCGCAUCCCCAAGUUCAACCGUUUCUACGCCCCCCUCCCGGUCUCGCCACACGACGGCGGGCACGACCAGGAGACGGAGAAGCUGGCGCAGGCCUACACGCACGCCAACAACGCGCGUGCGGCGAAGGGGCAGGGCGUGAAGGAGCAGCGGAAGGCAGCACCACCCACGCCCAAACCCAAUGGCGACGGCAACAAGCCCCCCGCCGCCGCGGCGGCCGCCUCAUCUUCGUUGAUGGUCAAGGCGAGCAACUCAACGUUGGCCGACGUGCCAAGUACGCAGCAGCAGCAGACGUACAACGAAGGAAGCGGCACCGGUCAGGGGCGACUCCGUGUCCGCCGCUCGACGCAGAGCGACCACUACCGCGAUGAGGACGAGAUUGACACCACCUUGGGCCCGAAGAGUCACAGCAAGGAAACGCUGGAGGGUGAGGGCGGCGCGCAAAUGGCGGACAGCCAAAACCACGGCGGCUCCCCGCUGACUAGCGCACGCCAGAGCACCGCCAUCAUGAGCUUCUCUGACAGCGGCAAGGAACCGGCAGGUGGGCAGCAGCAAGGAGAAAAGGAAAGGAAGGCGGGGGCGAAGCGGUCGACUCCCAAGACGUCCCCGGCGGGCUUCGGCUUCGUCCGACCGAAGCGGGUGGACGCCACGCGGCCCAGCUCGCCGUUGUCGCCGGGAAGCAUGACGGUGCCGCAAAGCCGGCGCCACAACGAUCGCCGGCGCGUCUCAUCCCUGACCUCGUCGUCGAUGUCGUCCUUGUCCUCUUCAUUUUUCGCCGUGUCGUCCGACACCAACGUGCGACACAGCACCAUUGUGUUUCAACCGAACAACAGCAGCAUUCCCGGCAGCGGCGGCGUCACGGAGCGGCCGUCGGCGGCGAACUCGGUACGGGAGCUGGAGCGGAGGACGGCGGCGUCGAUGUUGAGCGAGCGAGCGAGUGGGCACCGCUUCACCACCGCGGUCUCCACCUCCACAGUUGCCGGGUCAACCGCAGCACCGGUGGUAGCCGGCGGCACGCCGCCCCGCACCGCACCCACUUCGACGGACGACCUGCCCGACUCCUCGCACGGGCGGUCGACGCCGACGAUUCUCUCACAAUCUGGUUCGCCGCGGCUCUUCAUGCCGACGCCGCGACUGAGCGAAGGUAAUCCGCGCGACACGGGCAGCUUUGAGAUUGUGGCCAUGGCGCGAACGGUGGGGCCGGGGGAGUCGCUAGCGGCGCAGGAGGCGCAGCGGAAGGCGAACGCCUCGACGCAGCUCUCGCACUCCUUGUUGGGGCAUCGAGGCAGCAGCAGCACUCGCUCUACCAAUGUCGCAAGUGGUAGUGGUGGCGCUGUUGCAGCCCCACCGACGCCGCCAGGCACCGUUGUGGUCACCGCGACGUCGGACAACGGCGGUGAUGGAAAGAAAGUGAAGGCGCAGACACGAAAGGCAAAGAAGGCUACGGGGGGUGCGGACGGCAAAGCGUCAUCCGCCUCUCUCUCGUCGACCAAGAAAGGCGGCAUGACGGUAAUUGUUAAACACCGCGGCAGCGCCAACAACCCCCCACCACCACCCACCACCGCGAUGGUUGGUGCGACGCCGCUGGAGCUGAAGAAGCCACCACUACUGCCCCUGGCGCUGGCGCCGGGCGGGUGCGCAGCGGAGGAGUCGCAGAUGCAGCCCCUCGGCACACCAACCGGCGCCGCGGGCCAUCCGCGCGCCCCUGGCACCCCGACAGGCUUUGCGUUCCGCACCUCUGCCUUUCUAAGUGCCCCGCCGCCCUCUGGCAGCGUCGCCGUGGCCCCGACACCCCCACACGUCAGCGAGGAAGAGGCAGAAGGUCUGUGGUACAUGACGAUGUUAGAGGUGAAGGCGCAGCGGCAGGAACUGGAGGACCUGCGCAGCGCUCGCCGCAACGCCGAGGACCACGCGCAGCGGCGGCAGGAGGAGCUGCGGGCACUGACCCGCGUCUUUCUGCCUCACACGCACCCACAAGACCUUGACAGCACUCUGCUGUACCUCAAAACGGUCCUUCUGGAGCCGGAAGACCUCCCGCACGGCCGUCUCUUCCUCCAGCAGCAGGAUUGGCUGCCGCUGCUGGCAGUGGUGUGGACAUCGCCGAUGAACCGCAUUCGCUCCGUCGAGAUCGCCGCUGAGCUAACCUGGGUGGAUAUACCGCGACUUGGGCUGAUCAGCGGCUUGCUGUAUCAUCACAACGCGUCAAGCCCGCUCGAGGAGUUCAUUAUUCGCUCUGACAAGCUUCUCGGUGACUCGGGGCGCCUGCUCGCAGCAAAGAGUGGCGACGGCACCUCCACCACGACGACGACGACUGGGGGUGGUGGUGGGGGUCUGCUGGCGAAGGCGAAGCGGCGGCGGGCGAAGAGGCGGGAGCUGAGCGGCUCCAUUGACGUGCGCAACACAAGUCUCAACUUUGUGACCGAGCUGGACGGCGUCGGGGGCGGCUUCGGUCCAGGGUGCCCACCUUUCUUCAUUGCACCCGAGGAGGCACGCGACACGCUGUGGCUGCUGCUCUGCGCCGUGGCGACCAACACGGCGACGCCGAACUUUCGCGUGGUGCUGAGGGGCAUUCCCACGCCCGCGACGGCGAGUACUGGCGAUGCCGGUGGAGGCGGGGCCGCCGACCACGAGCGGGCGCCAUCGGGCCUGUUCGCCUCUUUCUUUGGCGCGCGUCGUCGCGAUGAGCGCGGAGAUGAGCCGCUCCUGCUGCGGCCGGAGUCGAUGCUGCUUGACAGCUUCGUGGUGCAGCCCACCCUUCACGAUGACAAAGACAGCAAAGACGGUGGCAGCAACCUUGGGAGCCUCUCGCCGGUGAAGGUGAGCAGCGGCGAGUUGCACAACAACUUCGACGACGUCGGCUUGCUGUCGGUCACGGCGAACUCAUGCGACUUGCACAGCCCCGGCAACUUUCGGCAGGCGUCCUCACUGAUCAUCGUGACGAACUCAUUAGGAAACCCCGCCUCGCAGGACCCGCUCGGAAGGGACGAUGCGUGCGCCAGCUUCUCACCACACCGGCUGCACAAGCGCUCUCUCUCCACAACCCCCGCGGUGCGUACCAUCAAUGGACCCGGACGUGGAUCCCCGCUCCCCAAGUCCGUCGUGGUCGUCGUCCCCACACACCAACACCACGUACGACGACGGCCGUGGGUGCAUGACGGCAUCGUCGUGGAGGAGCGCCCGUUCUACGAGGUGCUGCUGCACCGCUGCGCGCCGCUCGAAGAGGCUCGCCUCGCCGCCGCCGCCGCCGCCGCCAGCAGCGAUGCCCCGUCGCCAUCGUCGACGGUCGCUACGCCGUACAUCUCGCAUUACCACCACCCUUACAACAGCAUCCACAACGACGCGCGCUUCUACGUGUCGGGGGAGCGGCGGGCGCGACUGCAGACGGCGGUGAAGCGGGCGGUGGCGGUGGCGAACGGAGAGGUGUCGCCGCAGGACGCGGACAAGAAGGACGCGGUGUACUCAUCGAAGCCAAAGCAGCCAAAGCAGCAGCAGUCGCCAGCGGACCAGUUGCGGCAGCAGGCGUCGAGCGAGUCCACGCGCACGCCCUCGCCGCCGCCGGCGGUGCCGGUGCCGUGCCCGCCUCCGUUGCCCUUCUGUGAGACGAGCAUGGCGUUUGGCUUGGAGUCGGCCGAGGAGGAGGCGAGGGUGCUCUUCUACGAGGAACGCCAGCUGCGGGACCGCGCCGCCGAUAUUUGGGAGGCGUUGCGGAAGUCCGUAAAGCACUACAACCAAGCGCAGCAGGAGGCGCGGCACAAGGCGAUGAAGGGCCGGGCAAAGAAUGCGUCGCCGCCGCCGCCGAUGCAUCUCAUUACGUUGGAGUACUGA